CAGUUUUAAACUCCACUCUGUCAGUUCUGCGCAAACAGCUGUCUCCCAAAAACUGUACAAUCUGUGGCGCGACCUCGUUUCCGGCUUUUGACAUUUGUCGAAUCGAAGUUGACUGAAAACCUUUAUUGAUUGCGCUGAAAAGUAAUUUAUGAUAGAAAACGAGCAGAGUUGGCGCGGGAGUGUGGUGAUGUUCGAUUAGCGUUAAGUGGAACGCCUGAAGCGGGGUGUGAACCGCGCAGGCAGGCGCCGUGGUGCGGUUGUUAUAACUAGGAGUUCGUGCUACUCGGGCGAGAUGUGCCAGUGAGCCCUUGGGGCUUCGGGGGCAGGCUGUCGGGGAUGGCGGCGGACACGGGCGGCGCGGCGCCGCAGGCGGGCGCGGGCGCGGGCGGCGCCAGCCCCGAGGAGACGCUUGAGUCGCUGCUGCGGGAGGCAGAGGCGCUCAAACAGAAGUUAGAGGAGGAACGACAGAAGCUCAACGAUGUCACGCUGGCAAGUGUGGCUGAACGCCUGGAGGCCAUCAAUUUCCCCAACUUGAAGCCGAGGCGGGUCCUCAAGGGCCACCAGGCCAAGGUUCUCUGCUCUGACUGGUCGCAGGACAAACGCCAUAUUGUCUCCUCCUCACAGGAUGGCAAGGUGAUCAUCUGGGAUGCAUUCUCAGCAACCAAGGAGCUGACUAUUGCUAUGCCCAGCACUUGGGUCAUGGCUUGCGCCUACGCCCCUUCAGGAAACAUGGUGGCUGCGGGCGGCCUCGACAACAAAGUGACAGUGUUUCCUCUCGGAGAAGAGAACAAAGAAGAGGGUGCCACCCGCAAGCGCACCGUCGCGACGCACACGUCCUACGUCUCAUCUGUUCUGUUCCCACGCACUGACAGACAGUUACUAACCGGCUCUGGGGACGGGUCUGCAGCCCUCUGGGAUGUGGAGUCCGGUCAACUGCUGCAGACUUUCCAGGGCCACGCGGCCGACGUGCUGGCGCUGGACCUGGCGCCGUCGGACACGGGCGACACGUUCGCGUCGGGGGGCGCCGACCGCGCCGUGCUCGUGUGGGACAUGCGCUCCGGCGCCGCCGUGCAGGCCUUCGACACGCACCGCUCCGACGUCACCAGCGUGCGCUUCCAUCCCGGGGGGGACGCUUUAGCCACCGGCGCGGACGACGCGGCGUGCCGCCUGUUCGACCUGCGCGCCGACCGCGAGGUGGCGCGCUACGCCAAGGACUCCAUCAUCUUCGGCGUCAACAGCGUCGACUGGUCGCUCUCCGGCCGUCUGCUCUUCGCCGGCUAUAGCGACUAUACAGCCAGCGCCUGGGAUGCUCUGAGGGCACAGAGAGUGUGUGUACUCUGUGGCCAUGAGCAUAGAGUGUCGCGCGUGCAGUUGGCCCCAGAUGGCGCCGCGUUAGCGACAGCCUCUUGGGAUUCCACGCUGAGGAUCUGGGCGUAAGCAGCAUUCUUCUCUUCCCGGUGUUGAUAUUUAUUCCAAUACGUAGCUAGAGUAAGCGGCCUCGGCCGAUCGUGCAAUGUAACAUAAUAUACGUGUGUAGGACGGUCGGCGGUUACUGCCCAUUAUAAGUCAAAUGGAAA